AUGAUGUUUUUCUCGGCAUCGUCCAUUAGCCACAAGCUCAGGGAGCCAACUUCAUUCUUUGGCACAAAACUAUGGGUUGCAAUUCUGAUUUGGAUGGCUUUUGUCACAGCAUUUUCUCUGCUCAUCAUCACUCUUUGGAUCACUUGUUCGAGACGCCGAAAGGCCCUGCCAUCAAAGCAGCCUGGCUGCCUUUGCUCUUACAGUGGCCCUUCAAUGGAUAGAAGGCUGCUUUCGCGGAAUGGGAAGGAGAACGAGCUCGAUUUGGUGAGUCUAGAGAAGCUGCAGGCAAUAGAUUCUGCUCAUUCAUCGAACCUUCGGGGGGCGAGUGAAAAGAUGAUGAUGAUGAUGAGAAAUUGUGUGGAGGAUAAAGAGGGUUGGCCUAGCCACAGGUACACCUUGGAUGAAAUGGAAGCUGCAACAAAUGGCUUUGAUCCCAGGAAUGUGAUCAGCUGUGGAGAUCAUGCCAUUGUUUAUCAUGGUGUGUUGUUGAAUAACAUUCGAGUCGCUGUGAAAAGAUUGCUGAGUAACAGGGGUAAAGCUGAGGACUUUAUGAGACAGGUAGAGGCAGUUUGGUGUAUCAGACACAGAAACUUGGUGAAAUUGCUAGGCUUCUGUGUGGAAGGAACCUACAGGGUGCUUGUGUAUGAAUAUGCAGACAAUGGUACUCUAAAGCAUUGGCUUCAUGAAUGCACAUGGGAACUUAGCCCAUUAACAUGGAACAUCCGGAUGAAUAUUAUUCUAGGCGUCGCAAAAGGUUUAGCAUUCCUUCAUGAGGAUACAGAGCCUGCAGUGGUGCACCAGAACUUAACAUCAAGCAAAAUACUACUUGACAAGCAAUGGAAUCCCAAGGUAUUAGAUUUUGGCAUAACCAAGCUCUUAGAUUCUGAGUGGAGUCCCACCAUGUCAUCUCAUGUUCUCGUUUUAGACGAGAAGAGCGAUGUGUAUAGCUUCGGCAUACUUAUCAUGGAGAUCAUAUCUGGAAAGGCUCUUAUAUUCGACACUGCUACAGAAACCGAGGAAUGCUUGAUUGAUUGGAUAAAAAGCAUGGUUGAGAAGCAUAAAUAUGAUCAGCUGGUGGACCCCAGGCUGCCGGAAAUGCCGUCGCCGGUGGAAUUCAAGCGCAUUAUACUCAUCGCUCUCCGGUGUGUUGAUCCAGAUGCCGGCGACAGGCCCAAGAUGGGGGAAGUGAUCCACAUGCUAGAGCCUCGUGACUUGCUUCUCAGUGAUGAACGUGUUAUUAAGAAGCAGACCUCUCGUCGCAGUUCUGUGAAAGAAGACGAUCUGCUGCCUCGUUAG